UUUAAGGUGUUAAAACACCCAAUAUGUAUGUAGUUUAAAAGGUAGUGCUAAGUUCCUUCUUUGCUGGUAGGAUUCGAGCCGUAACACUCCUUGCCAGACUCAUAAUCGGAAAAUAGCAGCCAUUGGACUGGUUAUGUGGAGUAUCGACCCUCAUGAGAAGCCUUGAAUGGAUUUUAUUCACAUCCGUCUGAUUCCCAGGCAUUUUGAUUACUUAAGGGUACAAACACGUUUCGGUCAAUACUCACCGAACAUAUUCUGUUUUCUCGCGGUGCAACCAAAUUCAAUGCAGUAUAUAAUAACGAUUUGAUUGUGAAAAGCACUCAGUGAAUGUGACGCAAUUUUCUGUAUAUGCAGCAGUACCUACCACCCAAUCGUCGGUUUGUAAAUGAUUCGUGCUAUUCUGGUCAUUAAUAAUCAUGGAAAGCCAAGAUUAAUCAAAUUUUAUGAGCAUUAUAGUGAAGAUGAACAACAGAAAAUUGUUAAAGAAGUUUUCAAUCUUGUCUCUAGACGUGAUGAUGAUGUUUGCAAUUUUUUAGAAGGUGGCACAUUAGUCGGUGGUCAAGACUAUCGUUUAAUAUAUCGUCAUUAUGCUACAUUAUAUUUUGUCUUCUGUGUUGAUUCCUCUGAAAGUGAACUUGGAAUAUUGGAUUUAAUUCAAGUAUUUGUUGAAGCAUUAGAUAAAUGUUUUGAAAAUGUUUGUGAGCUAGAUUUAAUAUUUCAUGUUGAUAAGGUACACUACAUACUGAAUGAACUUGUACUUGGUGGAAUGGUUUUAGAAACGCAUAUCAAUGAAAUUACACACAGAUAUGAAGAACAACAGAAAUUAGAAAAACAAGAGUCUGGUUUAUCUGGUGCACCAGCUCGAGCUGUUUCAGCAAUGCGUGAUUUAAAUCUUCAUCAAAAGUUUAAAGAGAUUCGUUUCCCUGAUUUACAAUCCCUACAGAGUAGACUGUCACGAUAGUUUUAUUCUAUCUGUGUGUGUGCGUGUGUGUGUGCGUUCAUUUCUAUUUAUCUCUUCUAUUUAUCUAUCUAAAUAAAAUUACACUUAACAGUUUUUAUUUGAAGUACAGAUUGUUAUGUAAUAUAUUCUCUAGAUGUUUCUUCUUUUUUGAAAAUCCUGUUUCAUCUGUUUUUGUUUUAUUUGCAACCUUUUUUGUGUUGUGACAGUAUAAUACAAUGUUGUUUUUGCGACUGUAAUCAUAGAUGGCGGUUGUAACUGUGUCAGAUGUACUGCUUGCGAAUGUGUGUUUAUUAACAAGCCACAUCUACUAUUGCAUAAAGGUAGGGAGUCUGCCCUCCUCGUCCUCGUCCUCGUCCUUGUCCUUGUUCUUCUCUUACCAUCUAGCUGCGUUCAAACAUUGAUACUUCGUACAGAUUUGAAUCUUAUAUUCUGCUUAAGGAUAGUUAAGCUACUUUAUCAAUAAUUCACUGUCUGUCUGUCUGUCUUUGACAUAGAACUUUGCACCGAUGUGCGGCAGUUCAAGUCGCCACACUCCCUCCUUGUAGCACACAAAGCAAGAGAAGAAAGUAGAAGAAAUGCAUAAUAGAGACGGUAAACAGAGGUUUGAGACAAAGGAAUAGUAAUAAUGAAGAACAAUAUAGUUUCAUUGGAAAUCAUAAGUCAUAAGGAGUGGAUGCAUGUGC